UUAAAACUCAUUCUGAAAAGUGUCGGAAAGUUGCUUCCACACUUCACCGCCAUUGUCCAAACGGGACGGCUCCGAAUAUAAGAAGAGACCCGCGGAUUAGUUGGGGACUUCCCCGUGUGUUUCCCCUUCUCCCGGACUCAGAAUUUUGACCCGUUCGUCCAUUUUUAAAGCCCUUAGCGUGCUUUCAUUGUAAAUAGACUCAGUAGCUAACAUGUCACAGCAUUUCAGGAGCGGCCCAGCCUUCGGACUUUCUGCCGAGGUCAAGAGUAAGUUGGCAGGGAAAUAUGACCCACAUAUGGAGGAGGAGCUGAGGUUAUGGAUUCAGGAUGUGACCGGCAAAAGGAUUGGGGAGAACUUCAUGGAGAGUCUGAAAGAUGGAGUUAUUCUAUGCGAACUCAUCAAUGUUCUUCAGCCGGGUUCUGUAAAAAAGAUCAACCACUCCAGUCAAAACUGGCACCAGUUGGAAAACAUUGGAAAUUUUGUCCGUGCAAUCACAGAGUACGGCCUGAAGCCUCAUGACAUCUUUGAGGCCAACGAUCUGUUUGAGAAUGUCAACCACACUCAGGUCCAAUCCUCGCUUAUCGCUCUGGCGGGAAUGGCAAAGUCGAAAGGUUUCCACUCGAAGUACGACAUUGGAGUGAAAUAUGCUGAAAAACAACAGCGCCGCUUUGCUCCAGAGAAGCUCAGGGAGGGACGUAAUAUCAUCGGCCUGCAGAUGGGUACUAACAAGCUUGCCAGCCAAAAAGGUAUGACCUCUUAUGGCACAAGACGUCAUCUCUAUGACUCAAGGAUGGGCAUGGACAACCCAAUGGACCAGUCCACCAUCAGCUUACAGAUGGGUACCAACAAAGGAGCCAACCAGUCUGGAAUGACAGCCCCAGGAACAAGGAGGCACAUCUUCGACAAGAAGCUGGAGCUGGAGAACUGUGACACCACCACCAUAUCCCUGCAGAUGGGCACCAACAAAGUGGCAUCCCAGCAGGGCAUGACUACCUACGGCCUCCCCCGGCAGGUCUACGACAACAAGUACUGCGCCAACCCCACCGAGGCCUACUACAACAACGGGAGUGAAGUGGAGUUUGACGGAUACAACCAGUACUCUGACUAAAGAGAACCACAGGCGGCCUCAGACAACCCCCUUCUUUGCUUAACUCCAGACAACCAACCACGACUUGUCUUAAUGAUGAGCAAAACCACCCCCGCCCCUACCCCUCCCAACCCAGACUGUUAUUUAAACACUGAUUUGACGUCAAUGUCGUCUCCAUUCCUGGCCUUUUUCGAAAUAUUUCUACUCCUGGGAAAUGUUUCCAUGAGUAAAACAAUAAUAGUGUUUACUUUUAAAUUUUCAUGUUGUGGCCAACUUCUGUAUUUUCUUUUUUUUUCCUGACUUUAAUCACUGCAAGAAUGGUACCAGACACUCAGAGGUUGAUAUUUAAUAGAUAUUUAUGGAUUAUUUU